CUGACAAUUCCAAGUUUUAGGUUAUGCUUGCACCUUCAAAAAUUGUAAAUAAUAUUUAUUACAAUGGUAACAGUAUUAAUGGUGGCAGAGAAGCCGUCGUUAGCGGCUUCUUUAGCCCAAAUUCUUAGCAAUGGAAAAAACACAUCCAGAAAAGGCUUCAACGGUGCUUGCUCCGUCCACGAAUGGCACGGAUCAUUUAUGAACACCCAGGCAAAGUUCAAAAUGACCUCUGUAUGCGGACACGUACUCGGAGUGGACUUUAUUAGUAAAUACAACAACUGGGAUCGAGUUGAUCCGGUGGAACUCUUCUCAUGUCCCAUAGAAAAGAAAGAGGCGAUGCCCAAGCUUAAAAUGCCCGCUUUUUUGGCAGCUGAAGCUAAAGGCUGCGACAAACUGGUUCUAUGGCUGGAUUGUGAUAAGGAAGGGGAGAAUAUCUGUUUUGAAGUCAUGGAUUCUGUUUCGAAAGCUAUGAAUGGGAAUGUUUACACUGACAGUGUUACAUAUCGAGCCAAGUUUUCUGCAAUCACAGAAAAAGACAUUAAGGCAGCUUUUAAUAAUUUGGGUAGGCCAAAUGAAAAUGAGGCAAGGAGUGUGGAUGCAAGACAAGAGCUAGAUCUGAGGAUUGGCUGUGCCUUUACAAGAUUUCAAACUAAAUUCUUUCAAGGAAGGUAUGGAGAUCUGGAUGCUUCUCUGAUAUCUUAUGGACCCUGCCAAACGCCCACAUUAGGUUUCUGUGUUCAAAGGCAUGAUCAAAUACAAACCUUUAAGCCUGAAACAUACUGGGUUGUACAAGCAACUGUUGUCACAAAGGAUGGACAAGAGGUGGCAUUGGAUUGGCAAAGGGGAAGAAGUUUUGACAGAGAUGUUGCUAAUCUGUUUUUGCAGAUGAUUAGGGAUCAAACACAUGCCAAAGUUACAAGUGUGACAAAAAAGGAAAAAGCAAAAGCAAGACCUAUGGCGUUAAACACCGUCGAAUUAAUGAGAGUGGCCAGUUCCGGAUUAGGAAUGGGGCCUCACCAUGCGAUGCAAAUCGCCGAACGUUUGUAUACUCAAGGCUACAUAAGUUAUCCUCGAACAGAAACCACACGGUAUCCUGAAAAUUUUGAUCUGGUGGGUACAUUAAAGCAGCAACAGAACAGUUCAGAAUGGGGAGAUGAAGUUAAAGCUAUACUUUCUCAGGGUGUCAACAGACCCAAAUCUGGACAUGAUGCAGGUGACCAUCCUCCAAUAACUCCAAUGAAGGCGGCGUCCAGAAAUGAGUUAGACGGUGAUUCAUGGAGACUGUACGACUAUAUCACAAGACAUUUCAUUGGAACUCUUGCAAAAGACUGUAAAUACCUAUCAACCACUGCCACAUUAUAUAUUAAUGAUGAAGUUUUCACUGUUAGCGGCAAAUCACUCAUCGAUCCCGGUUUUACCACCGUCAUGACUUGGCAUGCCUUUGGUAAAGAUGAAAUAGUACCAAACCUAACGGAAAACGAAUCAGUGCCGGUAAAAAACACGAGACUAACUGAACACCAAACUUCACCACCUGAUUAUUUAACAGAAGCUGAAUUGAUCACCCUGAUGGAAAAACACGGAAUCGGCACCGACGCCUCAAUUCCAGUUCACAUCAACAACAUUUGCCAAAGGAAUUACGUAACAGUAACGCCCGGACGUAAACUGAAACCUACAACAUUGGGUAUCGUUUUGGUGCACGGUUAUCAAAAGAUUGACGCCCAAUUGGUACUGCCCACGAUGCGUUCAGCUGUUGAGGAACAACUCAAUUUAAUUGCUUUAGGGAAGGCGAAUUUUCACGCUGUUUUGAAACACACUGUGGAUAUUUUCAAACUUAAAUUCCAGUAUUUUGUCAAGAACAUUGAAGGAAUGGAUCAGUUGUUUGAAGUGUCGUUUUCGCCUUUAAGUGCCACGGGAAAGGCUCAUUCAAGAUGUGGGAAGUGCAGGAGGUACAUGAAGUUAAUCCAGGCGAAACCAAUGAGAUUACAUUGCCCACAAUGCGAUGAAACGUUUAGUCUACCACAGAACGGUACCGUAAAACUGUUCAGGGAGCUGAAGUGUCCAUUGGACGAUUUCGAAUUGCUCUGCUGGACCAUGGGCAACAAGGGCAAGAGUUUUGUAUUCUGCCCAUAUUGCUACAACAACCCACCUUUCAAAGAUAUGAAGAAAGGUAAUGGUUGCAAUAGCUGUCAACACCCAACAUGUGCCUACAGUUUAAAUUCUAACGGCGUUUGUAGCUGUGCCGAAUGUGAAUUUGGCGUUUUAGUUUUAGAUCCAUCAUCUGGACCCAAAUGGAAACUAGGAUGCAAUAAAUGCGACACCAUCAUUAACCUUUUCGACGACGCUCAAAAAAUAACGAUUCUCGACGAUAUUUGCGAUUGUGGAGCGCAAUGCGUAAACGUCGAAUACAAACCGGAGAAAACGAAACUGCCGAACGGUGCUGUCGAGAUGAAAGGAUGCGUGUUCUGUUCCACCGAAUUCGGACGAUUGGUGGAUAAACCGAAAGCGGCGGUCGCUUCCAGGGCGCCCAGGCCGUUCAAAGGAGGGAAAGUAGCAGCGCGUGGACGUGGAGGUGGCAGAGGCAGGCAGAGACAGCCCAAGGACAAAAUGGCUCAACUUGCCGCUUAUUUUGUGUGAUUUUUGGAGAAUUUAUCUCUCGAAAACAGCUUAGCUUACUAUGCUUUUAUAAUGAAAAAGUCUUAACUAAAUUAAUUUAUUUGUAAAUACCCUGUUUUAAUAGACUCAUAGCAUAUACAUACGUACAUCCGCUAAUUUAAUUUAAUAUUGUUUAUAUACAUUUUAUACAGCUAAUUUAUUUAUUUAUAAUUGAAUUUAAUUAUAGCCUGUUUUCUCAAUAUUAUGCAUUUAUAACUAUACAUGAAUUUUAAUUAUAAAACUGACU